UCACAACGCAAAAGCUUUUCAAUUUUGUUGAAAAUGCAUUUCAAGUUCGAACAUCUCCUUUUUCUGAUUGUUUACAGUUUCGUCGUUGGUAAAAUUCAUGCAGAUUCGGUAGCAACUUGUGAAAAAGGGUGGGUCUCCUACCAAAGAAGAUGUUAUUAUUUUUCAACAUCCACAGCUACAUUUAAACAAGCAAUGUCUGCACGUUAUCUGAUGGGCGCAGAAAUGAUGGAGCUUCAAAAUGCAAUGGAAGAAAAAAUGAUAAAAAGUAUAUUAUUGAGGGAGUUAGCAAGAUUCCAGUUCCUUUCGAACAGGUCCAUUUCACUCGGCUAUAUCUCGGGAAAUAGUCCUGGCCUUGGAGAACUGGAAUCUUGCCUCUCGGAUCAGAUUUGGCUUGGUGCAAGUGAUUCUCAACAAGAAGGAAAGUUUAUAUCUGUUUCGAAGGCUGAGGAACUUCAUUACAGUCAUUGGAUCAAGGGACAACCAGAUAAUACUGGAACUGAGGGAGAAAACUGUGCUACAUACGCGGUUUCUCAUAAAGGAAUGAAUGAUGCUCAAUGUUUUGACAAGUAUAAUUAUGUAUGCACAAAAUGAAAAUAAAAAAUCAUUAUUUGUGAA